AUGACUUAUACUACCAGACAAAUUGGUGCUAAGAACACCUUGGACUACAGAGUCUUUAUUGAAAAAAACGGUAAACCGGUCUCUGCCUUCCAUGAUAUCCCAUUAUACGCUGAUGAAGAAAAACAAAUUUUCAACAUGGUUGUUGAAAUCCCAAGAUGGUCUAAUGCUAAAUUGGAAAUCACCAAGGAAGAACCAUUGAACCCAAUCAUCCAAGAUACCAAGAAGGGUAAGUUAAGAUUCGUCCGUAACUGUUUCCCACACCAUGGUUACAUUCACAAUUACGGUGCUUUCCCACAAACUUGGGAAGACCCAAACGUUGUCCACCCAGACACUAAAGCUGUUGGUGACAAUGAUCCAAUUGAUGUUUUGGAAAUCGGUGAAACCAUUGGUUACACUGGUCAAGUCAAACAAGUCAAAGUAUUGGGUGUUAUGGCUUUAUUAGAUGAAGGUGAAACCGAUUGGAAAGUUAUUGCCAUCGAUGUUACCGAUCCAUUAGCCUCUAAGUUGAAUGACAUUGAAGAUGUUGAAAAAUACUUCCCAGGUUUAUUAAGAGCCACUAAUGAAUGGUUUAGAAUCUACAAAAUCCCAGAUGGUAAACCAGAAAACCAAUUUGCUUUCUCCGGUGAAGCCAAAAACAAGAAAUAUGCUUUGGACGUCAUCAAGGAAACCAACGAAUCUUGGAAGACUUUGAUCCAAGGUAAGUCCGUUGACUCCAAGGGUAUCAAUUUGGAAAACACCACUUUGAAGGAAACUCCAACUUUCCAAGAAGUCAACCAAGUUCCAGCUGCUUCUCCAAAGGAAGAUGCUCCAAUUGACAAAUCCAUUGACAAAUGGUUCUUCAUCUCUGGCUCUGCCUAG